AACGAAGUGAGAUUACUAUAACGAUGUCCAAGCCAUAUUGUUGAUCGCUUUGGGAGGCGGCAUAUUGGACGCCGUUUGUUUGUAUGAACUAUACUUUGUUUUUUUGUCUGCAACGUUCAGCUGUUUAGGCAUUUUUAUGAAGAAAAAAAAACAGUGAAAGUUGAAAUCAAUAAACUCUGGUAGAAAAACAUGCGUAAAUAAGCUAUCAAUUUUGCAAUUUUUUAAUGGAAAUGCAUGAUAUUGAGAGCGGCCAAAUAGAUAUGGCUGAAAACGCAAGAAAAGCUCACCCUGAUUGCUUGCGUUACUUUUUAAUGCAUCUGCGUUUUCCUGGAGCAUCAAACGUCGUCGAGGAUGGCCGAGAAGAUUCAUGUCAUGUGGACCAGUUGGUCGAGACGCUAAUAAAAAUGGGUGGCUAUGCUGCAACAACUGCCAAGGAAGCUAUUGUUCUCGCUUUGGGCGAUGGUCUUUUAAUGCCUGUUUCAUCUGUUUGCACUUCUCCGCGACCACGCGCUGCUCUGCCAGAGUCAAAACGCGUUCGUCUGCCAAACUCGCACGAAGUUCGAGUAAACACUUCUCACGACUGGUAUUGCUAUGAGUGUCAUUUGCCAGGCCAGCUCGAGCAUUGCGGACAAUGCUGGCGUUCCUUUCAUCGUGUAUGCUUCCGUAAAAAUCCCGAAAGACCGAAUUAUGCAGUGCCUUCAUCGAAAAAACAAAAGAAUCGUCUACCCGCCUUCAGCUCGGAUACUGAUUCGGAAACAGAUGCUGACACGGCCGCUCGUUGUUCAACUGCUAUGGAUUCAGAUCAUGAGACGAGAGAGAAUUCAUCGCAAGUGCAAGUAUGUCAGCCUCGUUCUCGAAACAGUAUACAUGAGGUAGCUGAUAACGAUGAUAAUCCUUGUUCGCCUCAAAUAAAUCAACCAGAGCCAAAGCCUUUGAUCGACGAAGAUAUUGAAAGCAAAUCAAAAGUCGACGUUGUUUGUUUGGGUGAAGUGCGCCCUCCCAACAGAAAGCGUCCAAAUACCACAGCUUCAAAUAUUUCUUAUAAAAGUGAAAAUGUAACCCUUGGCGAUGAAGAUGAUGUGGAUAUUGAAUUAUGCACCAGUUGUCGUCUUUUGAAAAGAGCAAACCUUCACAAUCCUCCCAAUCUACAAUCAGACGAAUUAAGCCAUUUAAUAAAUUAUACGUUUUCUUAUAAUCGCGAGUGGUUAACACACGAUGUCCGAGAAUAUCUUACUGCUCAACGUUUCAAUGUGAAGGAAAUAAAUUUAAUAAACCACUUGUUGUUGUAUUCACCCAUAAAGCGUCUGACUGACAUCGCUAGUAAAAUGCAACGAAAUGAAUAUAAAUUCUUAACAGAAUUUCUUGUGGAUUUGUUAGAUAUACAACACAAUAUUGGUGUCUUUUUUGGGCCAUACAGCACUGAAAUGGAAUCGACAAAGUGGUUGCUAAGGGAUGUAGCCCAUGAUCUGUCGGAAAUAAGGCGAUGCCCGGAUUGCUUCCGCUACUCUCAUGAGAAGGAUUCUGUUAUAUGGUUUGCGAAACCUUGUGUUCAACGCCACGAAUUAGUCUAUGCCAAACACAGUGGAUUUCCUUAUUGGCCAGCAAAAGUAAUACGGGUACUAGCAAACAAUAAGUUCGACGUGCGAUUUUUUGGUGGAACACACUCAAGGGCACUUAUAGACGUCCGUUUCAUUAAACCCAUUGAUUCGGAUGUAAAAUCACUCAAACUUGGCAAUAGUCCGACCAUUAAGAAAGCCAUGGAAGAGCUACGGUAUCAUCAAAUGCUGUCUACGUACCCUCCGAGUAAAUUCAGUUUUCAUGCUAACCUACAAGAAACAGAAGAGAUCAUACGUACUGUAAUAAGCUCGAAUCCAAAUACAACAAUAUUAAAAGAUAGACGUUCUGGAAAUGGGAAACGCAGAAAAUCUGCUGUCAUUAGCAUAGAGGACGACAUGUUUUUAGGCGGUAAUACCACAUCACAGGAUUCAACGGCGGGUAGUUCUCACUCUACAAGAAGAGUUGUUGGCCAACAAAAUAUCGUAUGCCCAGAAUUAAAAGUUUCAGUCAAGCGUUUAAAACCCCAUCAAAUUCCAUCGUCGUUCUAUGAAUCAAGCAAUAAUAGCAUUAGCGAAAAAAGAACUACGAGGAAAUCAACUAAAAACACUAGUGGCAAGGAUCAGUCGCAAGGGUGGAAAAAAAUGUUAAAGGAAAUUGAAGAAGCACGGAAAAUAAUAAACGAAUACAAGGUAAAAAAUGAAAAAUUGCAGUCCCAAAAGCAAAAAUUAAGGGAAACAAUCAAGAAGCAGGAGCUGGAACGUAAAAUUAUGAAACGCAAGCAGUGGUGUUAUUGGUGCUUAUCGGAAGCUAUAUAUUUGUGCUGCUUUCGUGCGGCAUAUUGCUCUCAAAUAUGUCAGUCACGCCAUUGGAAGGAGGGACAUUCCAAAGAGUGCAAAAAUCCUAAUAAUGGAUCUAAUAAAAAAUCGUAAUCUCUUAGCAUUAUAUACAAAGAUUAGUUUGUAUUUUUAUCUUUUUUUCUUUCGAAAUACUUUCUUUUUGUUUUUAGAAUUAAGUACAAUCAUCAUAAUGUUUUAGAAAUCCACAAAUGUUAAAAAUAGUGCAAGUGGAAAUGAGUAUAAUAUCAUUGCUCCAUUCUACAACCAAUUAUUUUGAAUUGAAUUCAAGUUUUAAAGGCAUUAAAAUUUUUCGUGUACGAUGCAAUAAA